UCUCCCUCUCAGUUCCUUUUAUACACAGCUCGGGAAAGAGGUGCCCAGCCCCCCUCAGGUCAACCACCCGGUAAAAACGUACAUAUCCCUGUUAAUAUUUUUCUUGGGGAUAAGCGGAGGCGUGAAAACUAAGCUCCCGCUCACCUAAAUUGAACAUCUCUGCAUUUGUCAACGAAUUAGAAGCGCCAGGCGAACAGGACUGUGGGAAAUUAUUCAGCCGCAUCUGAAGUAAUUAAGGGAGUCGAUUGUGGCAAAGCAUUCACCUGUAGGCAUUGUCAAAUGCUAUUUUCCGGCUGGGAAGUAUAAAACCAAAGACUGAAAUAACAGAAAAAUCAGUGAGAGAACUGAGGGAACUUGUGAAGGUUGUUUACCAGUGAUUGCUCUGGACGACGGAGAAGUCACCAUGGCAACCACUGAAGCUGGGGAGCCCCUCUCAGCCAAUCACACGGAACCAUCGACGAUCACAGGGGCCUCGACAUCUCCAAGGAGUCUCAAGUUCUUGGCUUCAGGUCUCACUAGCAUUUUAAAUCAUAUCGACCUGACCACAGCGGGUAAGGUGCUGCUGCUGACGAUGUUAGUGUUACUGAUCCACGACCUGCUAGUGUACCUGCUGGCGUCCACCUCCAGCAGGAAGAAACUGCUAGUGACACCGUGGCUCACACAAAUCUUAGCACGUUCCUGGGACGACCUCAGCCACAGGGGAGCCUUCGCUAGGUCUUCUGAUGUGGUUGGACCCUUACUGACCUCACUGGCACAGACUGCUGCUAAAUAUGAAGGAAGAUGGGAGAAGAGUAGGCUCUUGUAGACCACCUGUACUCUAGGACACCACCUGGGGACCACCUGUACCCCUGGACACCACAUGUACUCCAGGACACCACAUGCACCACAGGGCACCAUAUGUACCCCAGGACACCACAUGUACCCCAGGACACCACAUGUACCCCAGGACACUACAUGUACCCCAGGA